AGGUGAUGUUACCUGCCUGAUGUCUCAUGACUCCCGUCAUCGUGUAUUUAAUAAUCGUCGCGCACGGACGAUCGCUGAUAGCCGACGUGUUUCGCUGUGAUAAAUAUCAAGCUCAUCGCACUCACACAGACGCAGGAUGCCGUGAUAAGAGCCGAGAUGAUAAGUGCGAGGUAGAAUCGUGCCGACGGGCGCUCCCGAGCAGAGUAGAAGGGGAGAACCAUGGCUUUUCCACCGUUAGUCAGUUCCACACCUCCACCUUUAGACAACUUCGGGGAAUCCGAUGAGGAUGAAUUUGGAGAUUUCACAGCUGGUGGGAUAGAUGGCUUAUCAGUUUCAUCAGAGUCCCCGCAGAAACUUAUCACUCCGAUACAAACACCAAUAACAUCACAGAACGUAUCUCCUAGAAUAAACGGCAUUAAUGAGUCACUAGUAUUGGAUAAUUGUUCUAAGAUAAACCAAGCCUUGAAAUGUGGCGCCAUUGACGACUUGCUCAUCGUUGAGAAGGCAGAGGACAAUGUGAGCCACAUAAAAUUGAAGGAUAGGACAGGCGGCAGUAGCGUGUUGGAGAAUAAUAUCGAGAACGCUAGCAUAACAGAACGUAAUGCAUUAGAUUCACCUAGGAACGGAUGCGAGUCGCAUAAUGUUGAGACUAGUAAUAGCAUUGAACAUGUUUGUACUCAGAGUGUUUUAGCUAAAGAGAAUUUUGUUGAUACGGAUGUAAUUAGUAGCAACAAUAGUAGCUUAGCCGAUAGCGUAAAGACGAUUAGCGAGCAGGAGGGAUCCUCCAACGAUCUAGAAGCCAAUGACGAGAUAGAGCCUGCGAGUCUGGACCUGGAGGAUCCCGCAAGCACGCCGGACAUUCUGCAUCAGCUGGACGACGAUUUUUAUAAUUACGAGCAGUUUAAGGAUUCCGCCGAAUGGAACGACGCUGUUUGCGAUCAAAAAACGACGAUUCUGCAGGCAGACUACUUGAACGUCAAUGAGCCUAAUUCCGCGGACGGAGAAUGCAAUGAAGCGGACGAGGUAGAAGAAACUUACGCACCGUACGGCGACGAUGAUGUGAGCGUCAACGAUACCAAUGACGAUAAAUCCGCUUUCGUUCAUGACGAAAGGACAAUUUGCAAUUUUGUUACCUCGCAAGAACUUAAUGUAGACGGUACCGAUGUGUUUAGUCAGUCAGACUGCGAAUUCAGUAUUGAGCCAAAAUAUAUAGAGAUGUACGACGUGAUAUCUAGCAAUGAGACGAGCGUGAAAUCGAGCGAGACUCUGCACGAUUCUUUCGCUUUCGAUUUCACUUUCGAUGACGUCGUAAAAGAGGAAUCAAAUUUAAACCGCGCAUCUGUACAUACGCAUACCGAGGAUAGCUUCAUUCAAAAGUCCAGCGCAAAGAACGAUGGGAGUUCCUUCUUUAAUCAUUUCUGCGAUACAGACGAUGUAAGGAAUACGAUACAAUCAAAAGAGGAUGAGCAGGUGGUAGAAACGAAGAAUCAAAUUGUUCGAGAGGCAAGUGCGAACGAAGAGAUUCCUGUUUACACGACGAGAGGGUCCAAUGAGGAGGACAUGUAUGAACGGAUCAUUUUGGAGAAUGGUCUCGUCCCGCAUGACUCGGAUAACUCCGACUUUACAGAAUUUAUGGAGCACAGAGGAGACUUCGACGGUGUACCCGAAUUAACCGACAAUUUUAAUCCGCUGUCCGAUAAUGAUAAAGAAUACGAAACAGUACAAAUUCAUGAUGCAUCUUCAUCCGAUAUGUCUUGUGUACAAAAGCUCUCAUCGAUUGAAAAAGCCUCACUGCCAUCUACUAAUACAUCUCUCGACUGCUUAAAAGAUAAAAUUAAUCUUACUGCGAGUACCACGGAAGAAGCAUGUGCCACAUAUAAGAUCGAGAAUUCUGUAGUGUAUUUUAGCGAUGGCGAGUUUUAUGAUGUCAAUCUGAGCAAGACCGAGCCAGUACUCACCAGAGUACAAGAGAGCAGUUGCCUCGGAUUCGAAGGCGCGCAAAAUGAGGAUGACGAUUUCGGCGAUUUUACUAAUUUUUCGAACACAACGGUGGAAUGGAAGCGCGAUGACGACGCGGAAGAACCGAGAGAGUCCGAGGACGACGAUGAUUUCGGGGACUUCAACGACUUCGAGACGUCAGUCGGUGUAGUAGAGACGCAACAGUUUAGUUUGAAAGAGUCUAUAUGUCGGAUAGAAAACAAGAAUGCCGCGAAUAAAAUAGAAGAUAUAAUAACGAACAUGUUUUCCUCCAUUCCUGAACAUCAUGAAAUCGAGUUACAGCCUUUAAUAAAUAAAACGGACAAGGUUUGGCAGAAUGUAAAGAGUGUAGAAGAAACCAAUGCCCUCACCUAUCAAUGGGCUAAUAGCAGUAGUAACAAUGUUCUCCUAAAUGCUCUUGGCAUCGAUUCCCGAAAUAUUCUAUUCGGACCGAGAUGGAAUCCAAAUGUACCAAGAUUCGCAGCGAAUCUUGGCUUCACCCCGUUAGAGCCGACUAAAGCUAACGCUGAGUCUCAGCAGCUUCCCAUACCCAAUAUCAGCAAGAUGCAAGGCGCAGCUUGUUCAGAUGAAGUACCUGCCGCCCAAUUUGAUUGGAAUAGUUCUGGUCUUGUAAAUCCUCUAGAUGCUAGUGGUGGUGGGUUAUCUGCUCUUCUGCCUCUGGAUUUGUUGUGUCCGUUUGAUCCUCUACUAACACCUCAUUGUUCCACACAUUCCGAAUCCUAUCAUCAGUCAGCUUGCUCAACGAACUCCGUUUAUUACUUUUCGUCUGAUGCAGUUUCACAAGAACCAAGCAGCCUACAAGCCGUGAAGUCGCAAAAUUUGUCCGAUCUUACCAGUGGUUCGCUGAAACAACAGAAGUCAUCUCAGACGUCCAAGAUAAUAGAACCAUUACCAGGACCCUGUAUAGUGGAAUGGAAGAAAAAGGCCGAGCAAGAUCUUGGAGCUAGACAAAAGAAUUCGUCGCAUAAGCCACUAAGAAGUGUUCCACCGACCAACAAUAAAUCACUUUCAGUAAGCAAUAAUUCAUCUAAAACACACGAAUAUCACAGAAGAUCAUCAGUAGGUAGAAAGGAGAACACGCAAGGCGCGGAACAGGUGGUCAUGGACAGAUACGGACGACCAAUGACCGUGCAGACCGAAACGAUGAAGGUCCUGAAUCAGUUACCGGACUUAUCGUUUUUAAACGCCAGAACUUUAUUGUUCAAUCGCGAGCAGAAGCAAAUUGUGCACGAUCUGGGCGCUAUGAUAAAUCGGAAGAUGCCCGGCUGAGUAACAUCGGUCUGAAUACGAGUUUGAAAGGGCAACCGUGAUAGAAGCAACACCUCUAGGGGUUUGCGAGUUGGACGUUUCUAAUGACCCAAUUACAAUCAAAAAAGAACUUCUGCUACCUUUCAAACCUGUGUUCAGACCAACCUCUGACGAUCCACCACUCGGCUCUUCCACGUCGGAAAAAAAGAAAUAAAGAAACGCUACUUACAUGGGACACACCGUGACUAAUAUCUAUAUCAGAGUCACGUCUAACGUGCGUUCACAAACGCGUGUUAGAUAGCUCCGUUCUAUAUGCUUGAAGCACCGAGCAUGCACUUGACAUUCCGAACCAACAUUGUUUUGUGAUUCUAUUAAACUACUGAUAUUGUUAUUUUACUCCUUAAAGAACUAUAUAUUUACUUUGUUGCGAAAUUGUAUAAUUUAACGUUGCACAACAAUUGUUCUUUCCGUUCGAACGCAAGUUUGUUCUGUCAGCUCAACAGUUGCGUAGUCUUUCUUAGAGACGCGAAUGUAGGUUUACGUCGCGGUAGACUUAAGAAUUCACAUUUGGCCAUGUUCUAGUCUGCAAUACUUGUUAACAAUAAGUUCCGUGUAUUAUAUGUUAGGAAAUUCGUUUUGGGCUGCGUACUUUCGAUAAUGCUUGCGUGCAAUCAAGCAGCUCCAAAGUAUUAUAUCCAUUCGUAUCGUAUUCCAAAUUUAUCGACUAACGUUCCGGAACUAUUCCUAAAUGAGGAAACAAAUAUGAAUGCUCACGUAUCGUACACAUUCAGGAUACUGUGUGUACUGUCGUACGACUUCACAUCCGUUACAAUUUCAAACAAUCGUUAAUAUUCCCAGUCACAUAGAGAAGAGAGAGAACACUUAACUGUUCAAAAUAAACUAUAUGCUAAUUGUAAGUCAAUUAUCGUAGUGAUUGACGAGAGGAUUGAUACAUGUAAUGAAACCGUCGAGUGAUGUCAACUAUAUCAAAUUCGCUUGAUGCUUUUAUUGCACAUUUUGAAUUUCUACUCUAUGGGACAUAAUGUACUUAAUUAUGUAAAUCUUGGCAUAUAAUACAUAUAUAUAUUUGCAUAUUGAUCAUUAGAGCGAAAUGAUAAGCCGAAAUAUUACUCUAUUACCGAGUUCGUUAUUUAUUAAUAACAACAUUGUAAUAUAUAUUUUAUGUAAAAUAUUGUGGAUAACAUUAACACAUAGGCAAUCUUUGACGACCGAA